AUGGCGGAGUUACCUCUUCACAUCAUGGAGAACAUACUCUUGAGAUCACCAGUCAAGUCUCUGAUCCCGAACGUGGCAACAAUCAUGGUAGUUCGAGCCUCUACCAAAGAGUACUGUGAAGCAUUUAGCGAUGAUGACGCUGAUUUGGCGAAUAAGAUUGUCUUAUGGAACCCAUCUACCAGACAAUGCAAUCAAUUACCACCAAAUCCUAACGUUCUGGAUUUUCUUGGUUGCCAUGGAUUUGGGUAUGACUCCUUUGCCGAUGACUACAAGAUAUUUGUUGUUUCUAUGCUCGAUCCUAACACUGAGACCGUGGUGGAUGUUUUCUCGCUGAAAUCCAAUAAAUGGAAAAGAAUUCAGGAAAAAACAUCACACCAGGGUUGCGAGCAGUUUCGGGAGCUAGCAAUUCCGAGAGAAGAAGAAGAAGUAUAUGUUAAGUUGAGGGUUGUAGGAGGAUGCCUUUGCGUACAGGGUUUUGAAGAUCCAAGUAAGAUGUGGGUUAUGAAAGAGUAUGGUGUUGACACAUCUUGGAUUCAUGGGAUUAAGAGACACUUCACAGUACGCAAGACACCACAACAAAAUGGUAUAGCAGAAAGGAUGAACAGAACAAUAGCUGAAAGAGCUCAGUGUCUCAAAUUGAAUGCAGGCCUUGAAAAGAAAUUUUGGGCAAAAGCAGUGAACAUGGCAUGUUACUUGAUCAACAGGUCACCCAGAGCAGCAUUAGAUGGGAAAGUAGCAGAUGAGAGAUCAAAGCUUGAUGCGAAGUCCAAACAGUGUAUCUUUCUGGGGUAUAAGAAAGGGGUGAAAGAAUUCAAGCUCUGGGAUCCAAAGGCAAAUAAGGUGGAAUUAGAGACCCAUGAUAUAGAGGAUCAUGCUCGAAAUGCAAGGAAGUCUAGUUCAGAAGAUCAACAACAUCAUAGUAUAGCCAUAGACAAACCCAGACGCACUAUUAAGCCACCUACCAGGUAUGGUUUUGAAGAUUUGGUUUCUUAUGCAUUGAUUACUAGUAGCAAGGAUCCUAUUACCUUUCAAGAGGCAAUACACAACCAAGAGAAAAGUAGAUGGAUGGGAGCUAUGGUGGAGGAGAUUCAGUUUUUACAUAAGAACCAAACAUGGGAUUUGGUGGAGCCUCCAGAGGGGAAGAGAGCAAUAGGAUGCAAAUGGGUGUACAAGAAGAAAGAAGCAAUUUCAGAAAAAGAAGGUGAAAAGUUCAAAGCUCGUUUAGUAGCAAAAGGUUACUCACAGAGGAAAGGGGUUGACUAUGAUGAGAUCUUCUCCCCCAUGGUCAGGCACACUUCCAUCAGGACAGUGUUGGGUUUGGUAGCACAUUUUGACAUGCAACUAGAACAAAUGGAUGUAGAGACAACUUUUCUUCAUGGUGAUUUGGAGGAGUUGGUCUAUAUGGUACAACCAGAAGGGUUUAUUCAACCUGGACAAGAACACUUGGUCUGUAAAUUGAGGAAAUCACUUUAUGGGUUGAAGCAGUCUCCAAGGCAGUGGUACAAGUGUUUUGACUCCUACAUUAUCAGGAUUGGCUACAAGAGAUGUGAGUAUGAUUGUUUUGUUUAUGUAAAGAGCCUAGAUGAUGAUUCAUCAUUUAUUUUUCUAUUACUCUAUGUGGAUGACAUGUUAAUUGCUGCAAAGAGUAUGGUUGAGGUCAAUAAGUUGAAGUCCUUGUUGAGUAAGGAGUUUGACAUGAAGGAAUUAGAUGCAGCCAAAAAGAUUAUUGGAAUGGAGAUUCACAGAGAUAGAGCUUCAAGGAGAUUAUGGUUAUCUCAGUAUAGCUAUGUUAAGAGAGUGUUUGAGAGGUUCAACAUGGAUGAUGCAAAACCAGUAAGUACACCUUUGGCAAAUCAUUUUAGGUUGUCUACUAAUCAAUGUCCAAAGACAGAUGAUGAAGUAAAAGACAUGUCAAAGGUUCCAUAUGCAAGUGCAGUGGGAUGCUUUAUGUAUGCUAUGGUUUGUAUAAGACCAGAUUUGGCGCAUACUGUUAGUGUGGUGAGCAAGUUUCUAUCAAAUCCGGGAAGAAUGCAUUGGGAUGCAAUCAAGUGGAUUUUUAGAUACUUAAGGGGUACUACAUACUAUGGCAUCAUGUUCAGCAAACAACAAAGUGAUCCUUCAAUUAGAGGAUAUGUUGAUGCAGACUAUGCAGGUGACUUGGACGACAGGAGGUCUACCACAGGUUAUGUAUUCACCCUUGGUGGGGGACCUAUUUGUUGGAAGUCUAUGGUACAGUCUUUAGUUGCACUAUUUACUACUGAGUCAGAAUAUAUGGCAAUAGCUGAGGCUACAAAGGAAUCAUUAUGGCUUAUAGGUUUGGUUAAGGAGUUGGGUAUUUAG